AUGCAGGCUGAGGGAGCUGAGCUGGGAGCAGCUGCUCAGGGCAGGGAGCAGGGCCUCAAGCUGGGUGUCCUGGAGGCCACACAUACCCACGUCCAGGUGCUGGAGGGUGGCUGCAUUUACCUCCAGCAGAGCUCGCAGGGGCUCACUGACAGAGGUCAAGGGGAGUCCCCUCAGACACAGGUCCUUUCAGGUUCUGGAACAGCAUCAUUGAACACAAAUGAAGAUGAUUUAACUCAGGCUGCCUUCAGACCUACAUUGGACUCUAGCAGUUAUGACAUUAUCCCCAUCUCUGACUGGAUAAAAAUGAGCAACUAUAACCCAUCCAGUCUCCUACAGCAAGCCUUUCAGAGCCUUCUGGGGGAUGAAAACUUGGCCAUCUCUUCCCUGAGGAGCCUGCCUGCAGAGCUCUUCCCGUGUCUGUUUCUGGAAGCUUACACUCACAGAUUGUGGGAGACCCUGAAGGCUCUAGUGCAGAACUGGCCCUUUGAAAGACUCCCUCUGGGAGCCCUGGUUCAAGACGUGGUUCCUGAGAAUCCAAGUAUCAAAGCUGUGAUGGAUGGAAUUGAUAUCCUGCUCAAACAGGAUGUUCCCCCCAGGUGUAAGCUGCAGGUGCUGGAUUUGCGAAACACCGGGCAUAAGUUCUGGAGUGUGUGGACUGGAGUCAGCUUCCGAGUGGACUCACAAAGGAGGAAACUGGUGGCUGAGGGAGUUUCAAGGAAUGAGGAUGGUGUGCCCUGCUUAGAGGUGUGUGUAGACCUCUACCUCAGUCAGAAACCCGCAGAUCAGACCUUCACAUACCUGCUGAACUGGAUCCAGGAAAGAAAAGGGGUGCAUCUCAGCUGUAAGAAGGUGACAGUAUAUUCCCUGCCCAGCAAAAAUGACAGGUUUCUGCAUGCCAUGCCAUUGUGUGGUAUCCAGGAGGUAGAAGUACACUGCACCUGGCCAUUCUCAGGCCUGCACAUGUUUAGUCAACUUCUGGGCAAGAUGAAAAGCCUCCGGAGACUCAGUCUCGACAUCACCGUUCCUAAUGCCGUCACCCCAGAAGAGGAGGAGAAACGGGCACAGUCUGUCAACCAAUUUGCUUCGGUGUUCCUGCACUUACGCCAUCUACAAGAGCUGUACCUGGAAUCUCCCUCAUUCCUGCAGGGCCAUCUGGACCAGGUGUUCAGGUUCCUUAAUACCCCAUUGGAGGUCUUCUCACUCACUAACUGCACACUUACAGAAAGAGACUUGAUUCACCUGUUCCAGAGCCCACACAUCAAUCACCUGAAGGACCUGUGUCUGAGGGGAGUCCCCUUGACCUCUGUCAGUGAGCCCCUGCGAGCUCUGCUGGAGAUAAAUGCAGCCACCCUCCAGCACCUGGACCUGGGUCUGUGUGGCCUCCAGGACCCCCAGCUUGAAGCCCUGCUCCCUGCCCUGAGCAGCUGCUCCCAGCUCAGCUCCCUCAGCCUGCAUGGGAACCGCCUGUCCAUGGCCACCCUGGAGAAGCUGCUGUGCUGCACCUCAGGGCUGCAGCAUUUAUGUCUCCAGCUGUUUCCUGCCCCUCUGGAGACUUUCACCCCCCAGGGAGCUCUCCAUCCUGGGGCAUUUAAUUUGAUUUGUACUCAGAUCUCAACGAUUCUCAGGGACCUAGGACACCCCAGGUCCAUCAUGUUGAGCACUGGUCACUGCAAAUACUGUGCCAAGAAGGUGUUCAGAAACUGGGAGCCCAUGAUUCUACCCUGCUUGCUUUGUCUGCGUGACUAUAAGAGGCUGUAUUUUAGGCUCACAGGAAGUGACAUGUAG